UUCCGGCAAUAUGCUGAGCAGUUCAAGAGCAAGCCCGCAAGCCAUCUUAUUGCGUUCGGGAUCCUACACGAGAUCACAGCAGUAGUACCGUUGCCGAUUGUGUAUUUCGCCCUUGUGGAGACGGGCGUGAAGAUCCCGUUCCCGGAGCAGGCGAUGGAAGAGGGGAAUAAAUUUGUACAAAGAAUCGCAAAGUACUAUGGAUGGGAUCUCGAAGGGUCUGAGGGCGCCAGGAUGAUGUUGAAUGUGGCGACGAGCUAUGCGGUCGUGAAGACAUUGAUGCCGCUGAGGUUGGCGCUGUGUGCGUGGAUGACACCGUGGACAGCA